GGACGAACAAGCGCCCAACGGGAUUCGGAAAAAACAAAAACAGCAAAGAACAGAGGAAACAAAGAAAAAAAGUCGCCGAUUCGUCGGUGGCGCAGGCUUCCUCCCUCCCUCGUCUGCCGGCAGACGCAACGCAACAGCACGCGCGAGAGAGCGGGGGCGAGGAUCGAGGCCCGCAACGUGGCCGCGGGGCGCCUGCGCCUUUGCUUCGCUUCCCAGGGAAGUCUGGUAGUAGCGCUAGCGCGGUAUAAAACGAGCGCGAGAUCCAGAUCUGGAGCCGAUGCGCCCCGCCCCCACCCUGCUCGCCCUCACCCUCGACGCCGCGCUCCUCCGCAUCGCCACCCUCCGCGACCUCUCCCGCCUCCCCGACCACAUCCUCGUCGACCUCUUCCGCAGAACACUUAGUGCUGGUAAGCUGACAGAGAGAGUCCUCAAGUUGUUUCUGGCAACCGACUGCGAGGAGAUCAUCUUGCUUGUUCAGCUCCUCAACAUUAAGCAGCCACUUAUACCGGUCCUUCCUACGAUUCUAGUUCACGAUAGCGAGGUUGACAUUGUGAUUGCAGCACUACAGCCCAACCUGACCUCUUUCUUUCAGGCGUGGCAGCCAUUUUUCUCCCGGUUUGACAUCAUUGUUGUCAAAGAUCCAGAGUUGGCAGCAGAUCUUCAGAUCCCUUCAGGUUUUAAUGUGAAGGUUUACACAAAGUCUGACAUUGAUGGACUGCUUGGUGCCACAACCAUCAACUUCUCUGGCCAUUCAUGCCGUUACUUUGGGUACCUUGUCUCACGCAAGAAGUAUGUCAUCUCAAUUGACGACAACUGCCUCCCAGCAAAGGACCCUGCUGGGAUGACUGUGGAUGCUGUUACACAGCACAUGAUCAAUUUGAAGACACCUGCCACACCUUUCUUCUUCAACACACUGUAUGACCCAUACCGCAAGGGUGCUGACUUUGUCCGUGGAUACCCAUUCAGCCUGCGUGAGGGGGUUGAAUGCAUGCUCUCAUGUGGUCUCUGGCUGCACAAUGCGGACUAUGACCCAAUGACACAUGUCGUGAAGCGGAACCAACGCAACACAAACUAUGUGGAUGCUGUGAUGACAGUUCCACUCGGUGCGAUGUUCCCUGUGAGCGGGAUAAAUGUUGCAUUCAACCGUGAGGUUCUGGGGCCCGUGAUGUUCCCUGGCCUGCGGAUUCGCAAGGAAGGGAAGCACAGGUGGGACACCCUUGAAGACAUAUGGAAUGGCCUGUGUGCCAAGGUGGUCUGCGACAGCCUGGGUUACGGCGUGAAGACCGGUCUGCCUUAUGUGAUGAGAAGUGAUGCAGAGGCAGGCAAGGCCUUGGAGAGCCUCAAAGAGUGGGAAGGGGUGAAAGUGAUGGAUGAUGUCCUUCCCUUCUUUGAGUCGCUCAAGCUAUCAAGGACCGCAGUUACUGUCGAUGACUGCGUUAAGGAGCUAGCUGGCAUUGUGAAGCAGAAGCUGGCGCCAAAGAAUGCAAUCUUCGCCAAAGCUGCCGAUGUCAUGGAGGAAUGGACCAAGCUCUGGAAAUCUCAUGGAGCUCAGAACGCGUAAUACUGGACUGCGUCCAUUUUAUCCAUCAAGAUACUUAUUUUUCUUCUUCUUGGACUUUAAAAUUUCCAUAUGCACUGUUAUGAUGCAGCUGAAUAAACAAUGUUUCCGUGUGAGGGGAAUUUGUGAUGUAGAACAUGUAGUUGCCAGGUGUUCGGUUUGUGUAUGCUCAAGAACCGUGUAUACCAAAUCAAAAAGACUUGCAUGAUUUACAAGGAAGUGUUGUGUUGCA